AUCUUUUGGUCCUUUCAAAUCUGGCAGCUUUAUCACACUCUCUUUUUUAAGUCUUCUCCAACAGAACACACUUCCAAGUAGAAAGCUUAAACCCGGAAUUCGAAUACCCGAAAAUAUGGGCGGUGAGGAAUCAGGUAAUGCUUCUUCGAGUUUAUGGUUGGCUCCCAACCCGAGUAAGAGAUGGGGCGAGCUCUUCUUUCUUUGCUACACUCCAUUUUGGCUCACUCUCUGCUUGGGAAUUGUCGUUCCUUACAAACUGUACGAGAGCUUCACAGAAUUGGAAUAUUUGCUCCUGGGUUUGGUUUCAGCAGUUCCUUCCUUCUUGAUACCAAUGCUUUUUGUUGGAAAGGCUGACAGCAGCUUACAUUGGAAGGACCGAUAUUGGGUCAAGGCCAGUCUCUGGAUUAUGAUAUUUAGUUACGUCGGAAAUUAUUUCUGGACCCAUUAUUUCUUCACAGUUUUAGGAGCUUCUUACACUUUCCCAUCUUGGAAGAUGAAUGAUGUACCACACACAACUUUCCUUCUCACACAUGUUUGCUUCCUGUUUUACCAUGUUGCCUCAAACAUGACUCUUCGCAGAUUAAGGCAUUCUAUUACUGGCUUGCCAAAGAAAAUUCAGUUGGCUACAGAGGCAGCAUGGAUUUUGGCCCUUUCUUAUUUCAUAGCAUACCUUGAGACUUUAGCUAUUUCUAAUUUCCCGUAUUAUGAUUUUGUGGAUCGGGCAUCCAUGUAUAAAGUGGGAUCUUUGUUUUAUGCCAUAUACUUCUUUGUGAGCUUCCCAAUGUUUCUGAGGAUUGAUGAGAAACCUGGUGAUCUAUGGGACUUACCUCGGGUGGCUGUUGAUUCUCUGGGCGCUGCAAUGUUGGUCACAAUAAUACUCGAUUUGUGGCGCAUUUUUCUUGGACCUAUUGUUCCACUAACAGAUACAAGACAGUGCAUUCAGCCAGGACUGCCUUGGUUUGCAGGAAAUGAAAAUGUAGCUUCACAAAACCAAUGUGCAAAAUAGGAGAACCUGGUUCAAAUCCCCAUCCGAGUAGGGGACAGUGCUCGGAACCUGGAUUUCAUUGUUGAUCCAUCAUGGUGUGUUAGCAAAUACCCUCCAAGAAAAUUGUCAACGCCUCGAAAACAAUCUUAGCUCAAUGUAAUGGAAGUUCUGCGAACUUGUUGACUUAAAAUUACUCUUGGCUUAUUGUCUUAAUGCCUUCUGCAAUGUAAAAUAGCUUUUCAAUACUUGAAAGGAGAGUUUUAACUUUGGAGGUGGUAA